CUGGGCGUUUUGAGCGCGCGCUUGGAGAGCGGCCGCCGACGCGCGGCGAUGUGCUGACCRGCAGCAUGGGCAGGCGGUACCCGGGCGCUCACUAUCGGCCAAGCAGCUCGUAUUUCAAAUUAUAAUCUAUGUCCUGGUGCAUUGCUGAAGCCCCGUGAGCCAUGUCAGAAGUACUUCCAGUCGAUUCCGGCGUAGACGCGUUGGCGGCGUUUAUGGCCAGCAGCAGCCCCACGGACGUCGUGAACCGCAAUGCUCCCGCCACGCCGCCCACCACGCUGCCCCUGCGCUCCUCCCACAACGAGCUGCUCAACGCCGAGAUCAAGCACACGGAGGCCAAGAACAGCACGCCCCCCAAGUGCAGGAAGAAAUACGCGCUGACCAACAUCCAGGCGGCCAUGGGCCUUUCCGACCCGGCGGCGCAGCCCCUGCUGGGCAACGGCUCCGCCAACAUAAAGCUGGUGAAGAACGGGGAAAACCAGCUGCGGAAAGCGGCGGAGCAGGGACAGCAGGAUCCCAACAGAAACCUCAGCUCCACUGCAGGCAUCAACGUGACUUCUGAGAAGUUUGAAGGUAAAGAGCCCAUCCCGCAGGAUUUCUCCGGCUGUGAAAUAUUGCCCUCGCAGCCCAGGAGAACCAAGAGCUUCCUAAAUUACUAUGCAGAUCUGGAGACGUCUGCUAGGGAGCUAGAGCAGAGCUUGGUGGCCAUGGAAGAUAACUGCGCCCAGAGCAACAGCCAGGCCUCGACCGUCCUUCUCAACGGAGAGGUCCUGCCCCGCAAGCAAAACAAGCUGUCGAGCCCGGAGGAUGGCCAGGUGGCCAUGGUGUCCUCGAGUCCCGAGACUAAGAAAGACCACCCGAAAACGGGGGCCAAAACGGACUGUGCGCUGCACCGCAUCCAGAACCUGGCGCCGAGCGAUGAGGACUCCAGCUGGACCACGCUGUCGCAGGACAGCGCUUCGCCAAGCUCGCCCGAUGAAACAGAUAUAUGGAGUGAUCAUUCAUUUCAGACAGACCCUGACUUGCCACCUGGCUGGAAGAAGAUCAAUGACGUUGCUGGGAUCUACUACUGGCACAUACCAACAGGAACAACUCAAUGGCAGCGUCCUGUGUCCAUCCCAUCGGAUCUCCAGGGCUCACGGAAAGGAUCUCUUGGCUCCAUUACUCCAUCUCCCACUCCAGAAACUGAGAAACAGCCAUGGAGUGAUUUUGCUGUACUGAAUGGGGGAAAGAUUAAUAGUGACAUUUGGAAGGAUCUGCAUGCAGCGACUGUGAACCCAGACCCAAGUCUGAAAGAAUUUGAAGGAGCAACCUUACGCUAUGCCUCUCUGAAGCUCAGAAAUGCUCCGCAGUCUGAUGAUGAUGAUUCCUCUAGCAUCAACAGUGAUCCAGAAGCGAAGUGCUUUGCUGUGCGCUCCCUGGGCUGGGUAGAAAUGGCUGAAGAGGAUCUGGCUCCUGGGAAAAGCAGCGUUGCGGUGAACAACUGCAUCAGGCAGCUCUCAUACUGUAAAAACGACAUCAGAGACACCGUGGGCAUCUGGGGAGAGGGCAAAGACAUGUACCUCAUCCUGGAGAACGACAUGCUGAACCUGAUCGACCCCAUGGACCGCACCGUGCUGCACUCGCAGCCCAUCGUGAGCAUCAGGGUCUGGGGAGUGGGGCGCGACAACGGCCGAGAGAGGGACUUUGCUUACGUGGCGAGGGACAAAGACACAAGGAUUCUGAAAUGCCAUGUGUUUCGGUGUGACACGCCAGCAAAAGCCAUCGCCACCAGUCUGCACGAGAUCUGCUCAAAGAUUAUGGCUGAGAGGAAGAAUGCUAAAGCUAUGGCUUGCAGCUCCUUGCAAGACAGAGCAAACGUCACCCUGGAUGUUCCCCUGCAAGUGGACUUCCCAACGCCCAAGACGGAGCUGGUGCAGAGGUUCCACGUGCAGUACCUGGGCAUGCUGCCCGUGGCCAGGCCCGUCGGAAUGGACACUCUGAACAAUGCCAUUGAAACCCUGAUGACUUCCUCCAGCAAAGAAGCCUGGAUGCCAGUUACCAUGAAUGUUGCUGAUGCUACUGUCACAGUCAUCAAUGAGAGAAAUGAAGAGGAGAUCAUGGUGGAAUGUCGUGUCCGGUUCCUGUCCUUCAUGGGAGUAGGCAAGGAUGUGCACACGUUUGCCUUCAUUAUGGACACAGGAAACCAGCAUUUUGAGUGCCACGUGUUCUGGUGCGAGCCGAACGCGGGCAACGUGUCAGAGGCUGUGCAGGCUGCUUGCAUGCUGCGGUAUCAGAAGUGCUUGGUGGCCAGGCCCCCUUCGCAGAAGGUGCGGCCCCCGCCGCCUCCCGCAGACUCGGUGACCCGGCGAGUCACCACCAACGUGAAGAGAGGAGUGUUGUCCCUCAUUGACACUUUGAAACAGAAGCGCCCCGUCUCCGAGCUGCCGUAGAGAAGAGGCUGGGCACGCUGAGCUGAAGGUAACAGUAGCUACACUAAGGAAAAUGAACUGACCGUGUUCGGCCUCCCAUCCURCAUUGCAAUGCUUUGUCUGCGGAGAAUUUACCUAUAUCGAAACUAUGUUAGACGAGCAUGUUCUCUCAUUCUUGCCACCGUCGUAUGAUAUGAAAAGAAGCAUGAGUCAUUUUUUUGCUGUCAGUGAGUGACAUCAUGAGCAACGGAGGGUCCUUUUCUGAUUGUAAAUACGUGAACAUUACCUACACCCACACACGGCAAGGACGUGGCCAGCUCCCUCCGAGUGAACUCAUGCUCAAGUCCUUGGAGUGAAUGAUGCCGAGUUGAUGGUUUUCCCUGUCUUGAGCUGGAUUUGUCACAAAUCGACCUGAAAUUCUACAGCACUUCUGCUCUGUUUUCAACACUGGGGUAGUUCCCAAGUAUUAGUUACAAUUGAAUUACUUUGCAAACCCUUUUUUUGGUGGGUUUUUUUUUUUUUCCCCUCUUUGAGGAAAUUCCACCUGUCAGUUGCAAAAUGUUUGUGAGCAUCCCCCUGGCAAUGGCUUUCCAGCUCUCCCUGACGGGCGGCGGGACCACGGUGUCCUUUCAUCUCCUGUUACUGCAUUAGCAGAGAGGAAUCGUGUCUAAAACCCAGCCAGUGCUGAAGAACCCACCCGYGUUUGGAGCAGCUCAGACUGGGGCCUUGGCCGAAGCCUUUCACCUUGGACCGCACACACGUACGUACGGACUGCGAUUCUCCCAAGUUUUAUUACAGCAUCGGAUCAGAAGGACAAGCCAGGCAGUGGUUUUACUGUGACAAAGCUCUUAGAGGCUCGACCUUUGCAUUCUUCUCCCUUCGAGUGUUUGAUCAAAUGUGGGACUCGGCGUCUGUUUGCACAGUUCCCCCUUCCCCGCGGAGUUUGUUGCUGACUACGUAACCGUGCUGCAGACAGAACAACCAGGGCUUGUUAUUUACAGAAUUCCCCGCAACUUUAACGCUUUGUGAUAAAAUAAGGAAAGUUUCCUAAGGGAAUAGGGUGCUUCAGGUGUUGCAACCUGGUUGCAAAGCUUUGGCUCCAAAGGCUUCACACAGUUGCUCUGAUCCACACGGCGGCAGAUCCUGAUGACACCAGCACAGGGUUGCCCCCAAAACUACCUGGCCCUGAAGUCUCAAACRCAGCUUUAGGUUCUCC